UGUGUUAGCAUCCAAGAGAAGUCCACAACUAGUAGAUCUAAUAGCCAUGGCGAAACUCCUGGGCUUGUUCUCAAUCCUUGCUUUUGUAGUAGCCAUGUCCAUAGUGGGCAGCCAGGCUGAGGACUGCGCACAAGACCUCUCAGGCCUGAUGAGCGAAUGCAAGCAAUACGUGAUGUUCCCUGCGAACCCAAAGAUGCCUCCUUCAGAUGGCUGCUGUGGCGUGGUCCAAAAGGUGAAUAUCCCGUGCCUGUGCUCCAAGGUCACCAAGGAGAUUGAGAAGGUGGUGUGCAUGGAGAAGGUUGUGUAUAUUGCCGAUAAAUGCAAGAGGCCCUUUUCCCAUGGCUUCAAGUGCGGAAGCUACACAGUUCCAGCAAAAUGAACAGACCACAAGAUAUGAUGGGAAGUGCUGGAUGUAGUCCUCAGAUCUCAACUGCCUAGCCGAUCUACCUUCUGAUAAAUUUGCAAUAUGAGGUUGUGUUGAGACUACUGUAGGGCUUGAGACAGAUCCUUUCGUGAUCGAAAAUAUUGUGAGCUAAUA